AAUAUCCAGUUAGAAACAGCCACUGUAAAGGUUGACAAGGUGCCUUUGUAAAAGAUACCAUUUGCUCGGGUUUAGGCUACCAAGAGAGUGUUACAAAACAAAAAUCAUGAUGUCAACCAUUUCACCACGACAAUCUCAAGUGUGCACGCUGACCUACUAACACUGAGACAACUUAUCCCUAAUCUUCAGUCAAUGACCUAAAUGAUGAAGCGUAAGGGCAGAAAUGUGUAACAAAUCGUUAUCUAAUCGGUUGAUUUGGCGUCCCACUUCCUGAGAAAAUCAUGUCGCUUGCUGGCGCAGACUUGCAGAGUGGAUUGAGUAUAUCAUCCAGCAGGCGGCGACGACGGUGGGACCUUCUACUGCCUCUCCAGUGGACUAGGCCUGAUAUAAAAAAAUACCCACAGAGACAACAUAACCUGGGGUGCAAGUGCAAUACGUGCACCACGAACGUCCAGUGCCACAGAGAGCGACAGCUGUAGCAACUUUUACUGCGCAGACUUGGGCGUGAGAGACUAUAUAGCGACGACUGCUGCCACUGAGGGAUACUUUCCUCCGCAUGGCCACAAUGCUUGAGUGGCGGAGAGGACAGACUGAACCAUAUCAGUUACGAGCGACGACAAUAUGUGCAGUCAUAUCCCUCUCCCUGGUAGUGGUGGUCGCUGGAAGCAUCUUGAUUAUUGAUGGAGACAUGCCCAUACUCGCAUACACAUGCUUCACAUUUGGUGGGAGCGUGCUGGUGCUGUGUGCAGUGCUGGUGACAGCAAGUCUGAAGGUGAAACGGAAGGAGAGUAGUCCUGCAGACAGCUGCGAUCCUCCACCUCCUUACAAAGCUGCCUGGAGACGCGACUUCUAUGCUUCCAGGAUGACCGUUGAGCACCAGCCAGCCUCUCUUCAUCCUAGCGGAUACACAGAGCAAGACGCCAUUAACUUUUGUGGAUUGUCUGUACGUCUCUCAUCUUCCGAACCCACUCCACCGUCUCCCUCCCUCUCCUCCCCGACGAUAAACCCCGCCACCUCUACCACAGUCUCCCCUACUAGCAACGCUACUGCCAACACCACCACCGCAGUCACUGCCAAUAACACUCCAAGCACCACCUGCACCAACUCAAAACCUCUCUUCCAGUCUGCUGUAUCUUCGGCUACAGAGCGGCCAUCUUCGACACAAGCUGUCGCUACUAUGAUUCACAACCACAUAAAGCGCCAUCACCGUCACUCCAGCCGAGCAGUAAAGGCCGGCUCUCCGCUUCCCAUCGUUCAGGUGGUUUCUAACAGGUGGGAUGAAGAUCUACCCAGCUAUCAUGAAGCCACGAGUUCCGUGUUGUGCCACUCAGCGUGCACUCAACCACAUGACCCUAACCUGUGUGUCUGAGGAUGAUCUCGCCGCAUUCAAGGGUCAGGGAGAGUGUAAGUGGAACAAGUGGGAGUGUGAUUUAAGUGCCAGGGGAAAGAAUAAGUAUCUUAUUCUAGUUCAAAAUGGCCUAACAAAGACAUUAUAGCGCGUACGACCAAUCAUAAGGGCAUUCAUCACUUCUUUCCGUAUUGUGUUUUCGAAAACGGCGUUUUCUUAAAAUAUAGAUUAAUAUUAUUUUAUAUUAUAGUUUUCUGAACAAUUAGGCCUAGGUUAGAUUAGGUGGUUUGAUUCUGUUGCCAAUAAUUUGUAUUUUAAGCACAUGGGGAAAAGCAUUUAUCGAUGUAAGCCACAUUCAAGUGAAUUGAGCGAAGCAUUAUGCGAGAUAAGUUCGAAUGUAAACGGUUGUGAGUCACAAAAUUCAAAUUCAAAUUCAAAAGUUCAAAAGUUCACGAGUAAAGUGUUUUCAUUGAUAAACAGGCUACUGUAUUAACUAGCAUUUAGUCAGUGCUUUGAGGAUGGUCUGCUCAAACACACGCACGUACAGUAGCACAAUUGCACGGCACCCACACUGCCGCCCAUAGAUCAUUGAAAACAAAUUCAGCGCGUCUCGCGGCCCCAACGAACCCUUGAUCUUGAAACACGAAUUCGAGACUGAAGCCACUGAGCAUCAGACAACAUCCUCACAGUUAGGAUUCCAUGAAUAAAUUUUGUUUAGCAAUACGAUGAGACUGAACUCACUUCUGUGGCCUUCCCCACCCCACAUAUAUGCUCACUACCAACAUACCUUCGUCCAGAUUAAAAGUAUUACAACCAGAAUUGAAUAGUGAGAGUUGUGGUUACUUUUAAUACUUUUACUUCCAGUUGUGAUACUUUUAAUUUCUUGUGAGUGUGUUGGUAGUGCGCGUGCCAGGUCCCCAUAAAUACUCUGUAAAUAUGUAUAUGAAUUAGUAACGGGAGGUUGUUAACGUGAAGGGGACAGGGGAAGGGAAUUAUCAGGAGAAAAUGCCAAGCCAUUACGACUAUACAACCCUCGGAAGGGGGGUCAGGAUGAGGAUUUGGGAUGGGACGGGGUGAAAGGAAUGAUGGGAACAGAUGAUUGCAUAUUUCUCAUUUUGUGAUAUUAGUUCUUAAGCUAUUUAAUGAAAUUAUUUGUUUAGAGUAACUGGGUGUAUUAACUAUAGUAACUAUAGGGUGUACAGAUAUUCAUAUAUACGUUCAGCCAAUUUUGGCAGAUUAUUCUUAACUUCGGGAACCGAAACGCUGUCCAUAAAAGUCUUAAUUAAGGUGGUCAAACCCAACGUCAAACAGCAGAAAAAGACUGAAGCAUCCAGAAAAAUGGUUGAUGCAACCAGCAAACUACUGGACCAGACAAGAAAAGUCUGAUACAACCAGCAACAAACAACGCAGCCAGUUCCCGCUCUUAGAAAUAAUUAAUAUCUUGAGAAAACUUUGCAGCAGAAUGCUGGGUCGAUCCCCCGACUUGUUCCAAAGAUUUUCUCACGUUUAUUGUAAUUUCAUUGUGUAAUUAAUAACUUAUUGUAAAUAUAUUUAUACAUAAAUACAAUAAUGUAUAAUAAAAUAUAGAUAAAAUG